GAUUUCUAUCAGUUGCCCGUUGCAAGUGGCUUAGUGGAGUGCAGGUCUUUUCUUUGGAUAGUUUUGUGAAAAUUGCGCAGUGAAUAAGAUGGUCGAAACAGCUGCCAAGAACGCCCCUUCGGCUGGACAGAUGGCUCGUGGGGCAAUUGUCACGGUUGGGGCGGCCAAGACCGCCGCUGUUUGGGCCGGAUCGACGGCAGCAAAAAGCGCGUUCCGUGCCACGUGCAUCAGGACAACGCUUAAGGUUGCCGCUCCCGUGGGAGUCAAGAGGUCCUUGGCCGUGUACGCGGGAACGCGCGCGAGUAACUACGUAACCGGGGGCAUAAUUCCCGGGGCCCUGGCGGCGCUGGCCAUUUACGAUGGGUGGUGCAUCGCCCGUUGGGCCUACAAUUGGUAUUCUAAGCCAAAAUGAUGUGCUUAAUUUUGGCUACAAACGUUGAAUAAAGUUCUUCCAUCAAUAAAA